CUCCUGGGACCUGUUGAUCGCAGGUGUCACUGCCCUGACUGGCCCUUGGGUGUUGGGGCGUGUGCGCAUGCUCCGUGCGCAGGGUCGAGUUCUGGGUGGCGAGACCAGACUCCUCUGCUUCAGUUCCCGGUGAACCUCGGCUGCGGUGGCAGCUGUUAGAGUGUCAGACGGGUGUUGGCGCGAGGCAGAGCCGGGCCAGGGGGAGGUAGUCCGGUGGAAGUGGAAGGCCCGUAUUUCUUUAUCUGGACCACACUCUCCCUCUCGUUAGGAAGGCAGAGCUCAAGAUUUGCUUUGAGGUCACAUUGAUAAGAAAUAUGGAGCCACCUUUGAUAACUUCACUUGUGAAAGAGAGAGUCUUCUUUUUUACUAAAAAAACAUAAGGAAAACAAAUGACCAAAGGAAUCAUGCCAGAUGGGAACUCAACAUCUUUUUCUAUCAUCUGUUUUUUAAACCAUGAAGAUAAAUGGCUUGUGCUUUAAAGAAUAUUAUUUGUUCAUCGACAUUGUUUUUAGCAGUUUAAAAAAAAAUCUAUUUUUACCUUAACUAUACAACUCUCUUAUAAAAUUUAAUGCAUAUAAAAAUCUUUAAGAUUUCUUUUUUUAGAACUUCAGUGUUUAUAUACCCUAUUUUUGCUUGACAAAGUCAUCAGAAAUAUACAGCAUCAGGAAAGAUAAGGUACUUGGAAACUUAUGUUACUGUAAUUGACUACAGUGAAUUUAAGUGGACAAUUCAAGACAUCAUCCCAUUUAUCAUCAGAAAUAUCACAUAAACAUAUAAUUCUUGGCUUUAAUGUAAACAAUUGUCUUGAAAAUGGCAUGGGUAAAAUUCUUACGGAAACCUAGUGGCAAUCUUGGAAAAGCUUAUCAACCUGGAAGUAUGCUCUCCCUUGCCCCUACCAAAGGCUUGUUAAAUGAACCAGGACAAAACAGCUGCUUUCUUAAUAGUGCUGUACAGGUUUUAUGGCAAUUGGAUAUAUUCCGAAGAAGCUUGCGGGUUCUAACUGGACAUGUUUGUCAGGGAGAUGCCUGCAUAUUUUGUGCAUUGAAGAAUAUAUUUGCGCAGUUUCAACACAGUCGAGAAAAAGCACUUCCCUCGGAUAACAUAAGGCAUGCUCUAGCAGAGAGCUUCAAAGAUGAGCAGCGAUUUCAGUUGGGCCUUAUGGAUGAUGCUGCAGAGUGCUUUGAAAAUAUAUUGGAGAGGAUUCAUUUCCAUAUAGUGCCAAGCAGAGAUGCAGACAUGUGUACCUCUAAAUCUUGUAUCACUCACCAGAAGUUUGCUAUGACCCUGUAUGAACAGUGUGUGUGUCGCAGCUGUGGAGCAUCAUCAGAUCCUCUGCCUUUUACAGAAUUUGUGCGGUACAUUUCUACAACAGCCCUAUGCAACGAGGUAGAAAGAAUGAUGGAAAGGCAUGAACGUUUUAAGCCUGAAAUGUUUGCAGAAUUGCUUCAAGCAGCAAAUACAACUGAUGACUAUAGGAAAUGUCCUAGUAACUGUGGCCAAAAAAUAAAAAUUCGCCGUGUUUUAAUGAAUUGCCCAGAGAUUGUUACAAUUGGUUUAGUAUGGGAUUCUGAACAUUCUGACUUGACCGAAGAUGUUGUUCGGAAUCUAGCAACACAUCUUUAUCUUCCUGGGCUUUUUUAUAGAGUUACUGAUGAAAAUGCCAAAAAUAGUGAACUUCAUCUAGUUGGUAUGAUCUGCUACACCAGCCGACAUUAUUGUGCCUUUGCUUUUCAUACCAAGAGUUCCAAAUGGGUAUUUUUUGAUGAUGCAAAUGUGAAAGAGGUUGGGACUAGAUGGAAGGAUGUGGUCUCCAAAUGUAUCCGAUGUCAUUUCCAGCCAUUGCUUUUGUUUUAUGCAAACCCCGAUGGCACAGCAGUUUCUACGGAAGAUGCACUUAGGCAGGUCAUCAACUGGUCACAUUAUAAAUCCGUUGCAGGAAAUAUGGGAUGUGAAAAGUCCUCAAUUUAUAAGUCAGAUAAUUCAAAAGAAAAUGGAUUUGGUGAUCAGGCGAAACAGAGAGAAAAUCAGAAACUUCAAACAGAUAAUAUUUCAUCAUUUAGCCGGAGCCACAUUCAAACAAGUGGUAGAGGACCAGUUAAGUUAAGUCACAGUGAUCAAAGGGAAAAAAUAAAAGACAUUUCCAGAGAAUGUGCUUUAAAAGCCAUUGAACAGAGGAACAUACUUUCCUCACAAAGGAAAGAUUUGGAGAGGGAACAAAGAAAAGAUUUGGGCCGACACAGAGAUUUGGUUGAUGAAGACCUUCCACAUUUCAAGUCUGGAUCACCUCCUGCCCCAAAUGGCUUUAGACAAUAUGGAAACCCACAUCUCUAUCAUAGUCAAGGAAGAGGACCAUGUAAACAUGACCGAGUUGCCCAUCAGAGUCGAGCUUCUGCACAAACACUGGGUUCAAGUAAAUCCCAGAUUCUUGCCCCAGGAGAGAAAGUAACUGGCAAAGUUAAGAGUGACAGUGGCACUGGAUAUGAUACAGACAGCAGCCAAGAUUCUAGGGAUAAAGGAAGCAGCUAUAGUGGCAGCAGUAAAAGCCGGACCCGAGGUUGGAAACCUAUGAGAGAAACAUUAAAUGUUGAUAGUAUUUUUAAUGAAAGUGAAAAAAGGCAGAAUAGUCCAAGACAUAAACCAAGUAUCAGUAACAAACCUAAAUGUAGCAAAGAUCAGACCUUUAACAAUUGGCCAAAAGACAACCUAAAGCAAAAAUGUUUAAUGACCAUAUAUGAAGAUGAAAUGAAGCAGGAAAUAGGAAGCAGGAGUUCCCUUGAAUCUAAUGGAAAAGGAGCAGAGAAAAAUAAAGGCCUCAAAGAAAAAGUUCAUGGUGACAAUUGGCAGAUGCAAAGGACUGAGUCUGGAUACGAAAGUAGUGAUCACGUCAGUAAUGGAUCUGCUAAUUUGGAUUCACCUGUUAUCGAUGGAAAUGGCACAGUAACGGAUAUCAGUGGUGUUAAAGAAACAGUAUCCAGCAGUGACCAGGUGAAGACAAACAACCUAAAUAUAGAAUGUGUCAGCUCUUCCUCCCAACAGAGCAAAAACUACUUUGAAGCCUCAGCCUUUAAAAAAGAACUCAAGAAUUUGGAAGUAGGCUAUAAUUCGCAUGAGUUCCACCCAGAGUCACAUCUACAAAUAAAAAAUCCUUUGAUAAAAAGGUCACAUAUAUGUGAAAACAAUGGAAAGUUAUUCCUUUCUUCAGGUACACAGAUACUCCAGGACAAUGCAGCAAGAGAGCAUAUCCACCAGUCAGGUGAACAGAAACUUGAAACCUCAAGUGAAUGCAAAUUUUCUGAGUGGCUUAAUGCAGAAAAUUCUGAAAGAACAGGUUUACUUUCUCAUGAUGAUAAUUCUGCUCCUGGAAAGAGAAUGAACAGUAAUGAAGUAGUCUCAUCAUCUUCAUUGUGGUCUUCACACAUGAGACAUGUUGGGUUAAAGCCAGAAACUUCUCCCCUCAUCCAGCAGCAAACUAUGAUGGAACAAUGUUGUUCUGAGAACUCUCUGUCCAGGGAACAUAUAAUUCAGUCAAUCUAUAGGUCUGAUGAUUGUCAGAUGUCAAAAUUUGUUAGCCAUAAUCCACCGCCUCCUUUGCCACCAAAGAAAUAUGCUAUAACCAGUGUGCUACAGUCAGAGAAAAAUAAUCCCACACCUAAUGUCAAACUUACAGAGAUGUUUAAAGCUAAUUCUUGUAGUCUUCCAAAACACAGUUUAAGUUUGGAUUCAGAAUCAGGUUCAGAAAUGGGUACAUAUGUGCGUGAUGAAAGACUUAAGGAAACAUUACAAGUAAAAGAGGCUGUUGGCAACACAGCAAACCACCUAUCAAGCUUUUCAACUAAAGAUUUUCAGGCAGAUUUGGGUACAAUUGUUGAUGCAUUUUGCCAACCAGAAAUAGACUCUAGUUCUACCUGUCCAAAUGAGACCAUUUCAUUAACUACCUAUUUUUCAGUUGAUAGCUGCAUGACUGAUACAUACAGACUGAAAUACCACCAGAGACCCAAGCUCCAUGUUCCAGAGAGCAGUAGCUUUUGUAAUGAUAAUGCACUAUCUCAGAGUGAAAGAGGGCUAGCACCUGUGUUACACAACAGUCUUGGUUCAAACUGCCCUUCUGAGCAGAGGUAUAAACCUAGUAUACACUGUAAUAGAUAAGUGAUGAAACUGGUAAGCUUAUACUUCUCAGAGGCCACGAAAAUAUAAUAGGAAUCGACUGACCAAACCUGGUGAUAUAUGAAACUAAAACCAUGGCAUUUCUAAAGUUAUUAAUCACAUUAAUUUUCUAUAUAUAUAUAUUUUAUUUGUGUUGAUCAACUUAUUGGGUAUUUUAAAAAUUCCCUUUGAACAGUUUUGGUGUGCCUGCAAAACAGAAAAUAGAGGAUAUGCAAAAAGUCACUGCUGCAGUUAAAUAAAAAUGUGAUUUGUUCCUUUGUAUGUGGCUGGUAGACCCAUAAGUAUUAAACUAACCAGUACUCACAUGUAUAGAUGGGUAAGCUAUGCUAACUGAAAAAUACCAGGUGGUACAUAGUUUAUGUAGUCAAAGCAGUAUUUGCUUUAUGAAGAAGCACUUUCUAAUGGGUAACCAACCAAAAGAGGGCUUCACCCAUUUGUUUUUGACUUCUGUGAUAGUCUACUACUUAUGAUCCCUUUAAGUGUCUUAAAAAAUAUCAACCCAUGAUAUGGUUAUCAUAUGAAUUAGAAGCAUAUAUUCAUAUGGUAUCAUAUGAAAUGAUAGCAUUUGGAAGGGGGAAGCCUUAAUGAUAAAGCAGGUUUUUUUAACUAAAUUCUUAAGGUCAGAAGAGAAGAAACUUAAUUUUGCUCCUGGAACUUCAAUCUUCAUAAUGCCUAGUUAACAUAAAUUAGGCCUCUCUUAUAUCAUAAACUUACUUCAGGCAUGUAAGCUAAAAGUAAGUGAAAUCCUUAACGUUAGUGUAUUUAUGUGUUACAUUUUUUCUAAUUUUAUAAGAAAUGUGAAAGGUUUUAUUUUGGUUUGGUUUACUUUGGGCUGCUAAUAACCAGUGUUAGGAAUUAACUUAGGGCCCACUGGGGAUCUCACUGUGACUGCCUAAAUUUUCCCUGCAAUCAUCUUAACCUCUCUUUAUAGGCUGUCAACCCAUUUUAAUGAUUUUCAGAUUCUUGAAUCCGAGUAUUUCUGGGUUCCAGAUCCAAUUUCUACUUUCAUAUAGAGGGUUUAGUAUUAAUGAAAUGUAUUAAUUUGAGCAUCCCUUCCAUUUUUCUUCUCUAAACAGUCAUUUUACCCUACUUUCAUGGAGAGGGCUUUUUUUUUUUUCUUUAAAUAAAAGAAUUUUCCAUUAUCAUGAUGACCUUCUAAAUGAAAUUAAGUUACAUUAAUUGCCUUAUUUCAUUAGUUGUCAUUUUAUUUUGUACUAAGUUGGUAAACUUAUUGUGGCUAAGUGUUGUAUUGUCCAUGUAGGAAAAUUGAGAACUGCAAAAUUAAAAAUUUUCUUACAUUAAUAAAUUUUAUACAUAUAACUUAAUUCUGUAAACUGAUUACUAAAUUUAAUGUUUGACCAACUCCAUAAAUUAAAAUAUCCUAAAAUGUAAAUGAUUAAAAAUGAGUAUUCCUAGAUAACUAUAAAAUAAUUGCUUGUAAAAACCUAAUCUUACCCAGUUGAGAAAUCUUGGUCAAUUAUUGUCUUCCACUUAGAGAAGUUUUUACUUGCCUUUUCUAACCAUAAUAGUACGUGAUUAUUACUUUAUAUUCUCUUAACUUAGAAAUACUUGAAUAUGAACUAUAUUAAACUUUUAUCUUUUAAGAAAGCUUAUUUUUAACAUAAAUUUUAAUAUGGAAGGCUUGUAAAUGCUGUAAAGUUUUUAAAAUUGUAUUUAAUUACUGCUUUUAUAACAUUGUAAAAUAUUACAAAAUGGGUUUCAGCAUUUUUAGUAACUUUGAAAAACAUUGUCUAGUUUUUUUCUAAGAUUUCUAUUUGGUCAAGAUGUCCAGUUAAAAAUGUAUUAUUUGACACUUAUAAACUAAUAUCUCGUAUUUAACAGCAGUCUCAUAGAUAUGUAUUUUCAACUCAACAUUUGAGUUGCAACAUCAAAAUAGAAAUAUCUCAUUUUGGCUAUUUUUAAAAGUACUGUCCAGUUGAAACUACCUGAAUCAUGUAAUAGUACUAACAAAACCAGAAACGGUUUUUGUUGAUUCAACACUCCAAAUAUAGAUUUGAAUACAUAAUUACUAACUAUUCACACGUAAAAUAAAUUUCUAGAGUACCUAAUUUUUGUGUUUUCUUCUUGUUAUAAAAUUAUGGUAACUUCUGAAAUAAUGCAACCAAUAAUUAUUGUAAUGUCCAAAAUACAUAUCUUCAGAAUGUUCUAUUUUUCUGUGAAAUCAGUUUCUUUUGGUUCAGAAUUAUUUUUAGGAUAAACUGAUUUUUAAGUUAACAUGUUUGGACUUUUCUGUGCAUUCAUGAAUUAUGGCUUCCUCUCCUCACAUGUUGAUUAUGUAUUUUAUGAGAAAUGUAAAUCAACUUAAGUUCAAGGGUACUUGGACUAUCACUAAUCAUAAAAUGUUAUCACUAGAGGCUCCUAAAAGUGUAACUGCAGUGAGGUCUAAAGCAGGGCUCCUAUAGGAGUUGGCAAACUUUCCAUAGAGCCACAUAGUAAAUAAUUUGGUCUUGGUGGACCACAGAGUCUUUGUAACAAACAGCUACAGUUCUGCCACUGUAGUGAAAGAAACCAUAAAUGGUAUGUAAAUGAAUGGCACGUUUGUGUUCUAAUAAAACUUUGACACUGAAA